GUCAUUCUGAAAGUAGCUUUAUCCUAGUUUGGCUUUUUAUUCAAGUAAAUUUGUGAAGUUGUGAAAUUAUAUCGAAUCUAAAGGUUUAUUGUUACUCUUUCGCUUAUCUCUAAAUAUUGACAUUGAAUUUUGUUAGUAAUCUUUACUACUAAUCGAGACACCUUCCCGCUUACUGCAUUUUAAUAAUUUUAGUUGAACUUGAUACUUCAAUUAAGUUAUAACUAAUGACAACCAUUUAAAAUAAGUUAAGAUUCAAGUUUACUUUAAGGAAUAUGGCUAUCGACAACGCUUCAAAUGUGACAAGUGCUACUUCUUUGAUGAAUGUGUUUACCUUUGGCUAUGUGGAUUAUGCAGUUUUUGUUGGACUAUUAGGAGUAUCGGCUUCGAUUGGAUUAUAUUUUGGAUUCUUUUCGAAAGCAAGUAAAACAACAGAUGAAUAUCUUCAUGGUGGAAAACGAAUGAAAACAUUUCCGAUUGCCAUUUCAUUGGUGGCAAGUCAACUCUCUGGAAUUGCAAUUAUGUCAAUACCUGCAGAAGUCUAUAGCUAUGGAAUAAAUUAUAUAUUUACUAUCCUUUCAAUAUUUUUGGUUGUUCCUGUGUUGUGCGAAAUAGCAAUUCCAGUUUUCUAUGAGAAUAAUAUAUCCAAUUGUUACGAAUAUUUACAAAGAAGAUUUAACAGAACGACACGUCAAAUAAUCACUGUUUUAUUUAUUUUGACAACGUUACUUAACUUACCUGUUUAUAUAUUUAUUCCAUCUUUAGCAUUCGCACAAGUAACUGGACAUAAUAUUCACAUGAUUAAUGCAAUAGUUUGCUCAAUAUGUGUGUUUUAUACCAUGCUUGGUGGUGUAAAAGCUGUUGUAUGGACGGACGUUGUUCAAGCUCUUGUAAUGGUUGGGUCUGUAAUACUUGUAGCUGUAAUGGGUGUUCAUGCAGUUGGUGGAUUAGGUAAACUUGUGGAAAACUCAAUUGCUGGUGGACGCCUGCAACCAAACUUUGAAUUUGACUUGAGCACCCGUUCAACAGUGUGGAAUGCUCUUGCUGGAUCAUUUUGCAUGUGGAGCAGCUAUGUGGGAUUCAAUCAAAGUUGCGUUCAGAGAAUUGUUGCUUUGCCAUCAUUAUCUCAUGCUAAAAAAUCCCUUUACAUGUUUCAGGUUGGGUUUUUAAUUAUUAUGGUUUUAAAUGUAUUUACUGGAAUAAUUAUUUUUGCCAAGUAUUUUGAUUGUGAUCCUAUUGCAAUGAAGGUGGUUGAAAAAGCUGACAAAAUAGUACCAUAUUUUGUUGAAGAUGUGGUUGGACAUUUAUACGGUAUGCCAGGAGUGUUUAUAUCCUGUGUUUUCAGUGCUUCUCUAAGUACCGUUUCAGCUAAUUUAAAUUCACUAUCGGGAAUUAUCUAUUUUGAUUGUUUUAAGUCAUAUAUAAAUCACUCAGAAUUUAAAGCAAAUCUAGUUAUGAAAAUAUGCGUUGUAGUAAUUGGAGCAUACUGUGUUAUGGGCGGAAUUAUUGUUGAGCAAUUCAAAUCGAUCUUACAAGUUGUCUACACUAUUGCUGGAAUUUCGCAUGGAGUUGUUUUUGGAGUAUUUACUGUUGGUUUACUUGUACCUAGAGUCAACGGAAAGGCGGCCUUGAUAGGUUUGAUUUUAAGCACAAUCGCAAUGCUUGUUAUUUGCGGUGGUGCUCAGUUGGAAAUAAAUUCUGGAAAUCUAUCGUAUGACCCAUUGCCAGUAAGCACCCACGGCUGUGAUCAAUUAAACACAACUUCGAAAUUUCCAACGGAACUAUUAACGAUGGAAAAAAGAGAUGGACAAAGUUUUUCAAUUUUCAGAAUUUCCUUCUAUUGGUAUGCAGUUUUGGGGAGUGGUUUUAUUUGGUUCACGUCAAUAUUGCUGAGUUUUAUUUUACCGUCAUCGUCGGAUGAAAAACUUGACCCUAAACUUGUGUCCCCUAUAGUAAGAUCUUUGGUAUCGAAUAGCAAUACCCAAGCGGAGGAAGUUCCACUUAAAUCAUAGUUAAAAUUUUAAAUGCGUAAAAUACAAGUGUUGAAAAAUAAUUUUCAGUGCAUGACUUCUUUCUUAAAAUAAAGUUUAUUGAAAAUAAA